AUGCUUGGCGCCGGUACAUGGUUUGUGGGACUCACCAUACCAACUGUGGUCGUCGUGGGCUUCUUUGCCUCACGCAAACGAUUGGCAUACCAGUGGCGUGAGGAACUCAUGGACCCAACCGGUAACAUUUACCCGCCAGUCACAGCGGCAGAGAUGGAAUUUUUUUGUCGCAUACUGCCACCGUAUCGAAGAGAGAGAAAAGGCGAGCCCUUGUCUGUGAGUGAGAACAUCGGACUGUAUGUUUCUCCUGAUGCUUUUUCAGGAGAAGAGAGUCACGUGUUGCUUGACGAAGUUGUGCGAUGGGCCUCGUUGUUUGGACAGGGAAUUGACCCCAAGAAAUUGGUGACGCUUGAGGAAAGGGCGAAGGCAGAAAGAGUGGACAUGAGCUUUUGUCGUGACGUCGUCAUUAUUUCGGAUCACGCGGAGGACAUUCAGUUGAUGAAGGCACCGUGGGGAACAGGCGACCGCAUCAAGUUUGACAUGAUGCCGGCAUCUCUACGCUACAUGGUGAAUAAGACGCAGCGCUCAUUCAGGGGCAUUGGUCGUCUUCGCCAUGUGUAUGUGGAAUAUUCACCGAGUGGUAAGUUCUACCACGAGCCACGACCAACAAAGGCCUUUGAUGGUCAUGAUUAUGUCAUUAUCCCACUAAGGCGGGAUGAGAAUGCUGCCGUAGUCACGUUUUCUCCUCUUCUCCGCUCUAAAUUCUCCUUUGUUCGGGAAGUGCUUGAGAGUUCAUGGACAUCGCGCGAUAUUGAUGCAAUAGUCCCUCCAGGUGGUGCACUUCGUGUGUAUGGAGCCGCACGCUACGAGUGGGGGUGGUGCAUUCGCCCGCAUAAUGUCUGGUUUGGUCACAGAGAUAACUCACUGGAGAAGUUCUCUGCGUCACCCGUACAGUGCGGCAUGAUACAAGCCAUCACGCGCCGUCUGUUUCACUCUCUUGCUGAGCAGCCGAAGAAUAAAGAGGCGGGGCUGGUGGUGCUGCACUUUGAGGGGCCACGCGACUCAAAGAAAGUACGAUCGCUACUUCUUCAUCCAGAGAGUCUUAUUUUCGGGAGACCACCCAAGCCUGAGACUUUUGAGCAGUGGACGGAGGAACGGCCCACGAAAGACGCAGUUCGAGAAGAAGGUGUUUUUCUUUUCAUGUUGAAAAAUUACAUGGAAAUGUUCCGAGUCAGUUGA